ACGGAUUUCAAAUAGAAGCAGAAACUGGCGGAUGUUCAGUUGAGGAACAUUUCAUUUGGAAUUGGCAAACACAGGAGUCAGACGAAAGAUAGCUCAGCGGUAAAAAGGAGGGAAGCGAGGGUCAGCUUUGGAUAACGAUAUUUACAAGCUUAAGAUAUCUUCAUGGUGCGCAGUGUGUUUUACUGUCGGAAAGUCAUCAUGAAAUGCCCUCACUACGAGUAUACAAUGGCCAACAAUAUGGAUAAAAGCGCUGCAGCAGACUCCAGGGUGCUUCACCUAAAAGCUUCCCCAGUGAAAGAGCCCCUCCCCCUCAAACCCCAGUGCCCACCUGCAGGAGUGACCACAGAGUUGUUCUCUCAUAACAACAACAACACCAAAGCAGUCCACAACAAGGAAAACAGCACCAACAAAGAGCAUGACUGGACUCUGGUUGAAGCGUUUGAGGACAGUGGCUAUCUGUCUCUGCAAAAUAGUCAUGAUAAUGACUAUUGUGGUGAUAAUGAUAAUCAUGGGGAGGAAGAGGAUGAACACAUCCAUAAAAAAGCAGCAGCACCCCUGCCACCUUCAAAUGCGGCGAAGCAUAACAAAAAGACAACUCCAAAUAAUACUCCCACUAAAUGUAAAGGAAGGACUGACUGUAACCGGCAAGUGUCUCUGGAGGUAGCUUCUACUCCUGUGGAUUGCCAUAAAAGGAGAACUGUGGCAUACUCGCUGUCAUCCACCCCGUCCGAGCAUCACAAUAACCCCAACCUGCCCAUACUGAAGUUCCAGAAGACAGUGUGUGAAGAGCUUGCCAAGAACUAUCGUAAGAAUAAGAGUUAUGACUGGAGCAUCGUCAACAAGGUUGCAGAGCGUCAUCUUUUGGAUCGGGUGAUCGGAAGCCAUAUGGGCCAGGAGUACAUCGACGUGUUUUCGUGUCUUCUGUCCAGGAACAUGAGAAGGAUCCUGACCAACAUCCUGGCCCUGCUGGGAGACAUGGACCUCAUCAGCUGUAAGAAAGUGAGCGGGACAUGGAGGAGGUUCAUCUGUGAGGAUGCAGCAGUUCUGAGCAGGUGUCAAAGAGCUGAGGAGGCACUCAGGGAGUCAAGGAACUCCACGAGGCAACAGGGCUGUGGUCUAACGAGAGAUUCAGUUGUGUCCAGGAUGGUGUUCUCCUGCAUGCAGGCCCUGGCCUCACCAAGUACCCCAUCUUCUUCCUCCUCAUCGAGCUGCAGGGUCAACAGACGUCCUGCUCACUCUCAGAAAGACAUCAUGCCCCAUCAGGCCUACACACGCUUCAAUGAAUACAUGCAGGCGGCCAGCAGUCUGAAGACGCACGAGUCUCUGCGCCCCUGCAAGCUCUGCGGCGCUCCAGCGACGCACCUGUCCGAGGUUCGGAGGGCCACGUGCACCAGCCUCAACUGCCAGUUCGAUUUCUGCACCUACUGCCAGGAGAAGUUCCACGGCUCGAACCCCUGCAGAGUGGUGAAGUCCCGAUCCCUCUUUUCCACCCCGAAGACGACCCCGAUCCUUCUAGGCAGCGCUCGCAGCAAGAGGAGCAUCCGGCGCCUGUGAUGGAGCGCUACGGGGGUUUUAUUCUCUGAAUGUUUUAAUGUCCUCGGUCUACGCUGGCUCCCUCCAAAGCUCGGACAGCGAGGAAUGUUUUAAUGUCCUCGGUCUACGCUGGCUCCCUCCAAAGCUCGGACAGCGAGGAAUGUUUUAAUGUCCUCGGUCUACGCUAGCUCCCUCCAAAGCUCGGACAGCGAGGAACAUUUUAACACAAGCUGGACUUCUAAUUGUGUCACUGUGGCAUUAAACUUUGUGACACGCAUAACUCCGGCUCUACGCAACUGAAUCGACGUACUGAAGCACUUGAUAGCGCACUGCUGGGACAAUCAACCAGAGAGCAUCACCUGAUGAAAGCUGUGGUCGUCUGUGAGCGACAUACACAUCUGAUGCCAAAAAGAAGAAAGAAAUGCAGAUUCGUAUGCUUUAAGUUGUGCAAUUUUUAUAUUUGUUUUUAAAAUGAAAUGUAUGUACAUAUAUUGUCUAUUUUAAAUAGUUUUGUAUAUGUUUUUAAAUAAAUGUUGUUCCUCAGGAGGUGUUUAAAUGUUCAUAUUUACUUUAUGUAAAUAAAUGUUACAUAAAACUGA